AUGGAGCAAGUGAAGCUAAUUCUCGAGUCGGAGAAAUGUGCUCAGCUGCCCUCUUCAGAGCAUCAUAGCUAUGAAGACAAAUUCAGCUUGGUGGAACGGGCGACCCUGCUGACCUUGGCUUCGCAGGUGAACGUCCUUAGCUCCUUGGGCCUCACCAAGGAAAAGUUGAGGCAAGCGAAGGGGUGGGCAGAAGCUUCGCAGGUAUCAAUCCGCUUUCGUGCAGAGGAGCGGUGUAGUUACCUGCGGGAGGAGACGCGAGAAGUGGAAGAUCCCACGUUUCUGGGUGUGUGGUUUUGGUGGGUUUUGCUGAAGAUCGGGGUCCGUUUGGGUCAGGUCUUAGGCCGCAUUUUCCUCGUGCCGCAUCAUCCCAGGAAGCGGGUCACGGACGUCUCUGUGGCUGGCAUGUCGAUGGGCUUCACCAGCAAGAAGCUCUUUGAGAGAUGGACCGUGACGAAAGUCACCGAGUUCUUCUGGAAGCUUGAGGUGAGCUAUGAAUUGGAACUCUUCCGCGGUGUCGGUGCUGAGUCUUCGGAUCCUUGGCGAGACAAGCUGAUGCUUCAAAGUCGCACCUGCAACACUGAGCUGAAGACCACCAGCAAAGUCACACCACAUCCUGAGGCUAAGGAGGCCAACAUCACGUUUUUGUUGCGCCAACUCGACGAUCUGUCGACCCCUAGCUUCCAAAUCGACCGGGCUGCGCCCAAGACCAAGACGCCCCGGCGAAAUCCGGAGGUGGAGCAGGCGCUGGGCUGGGGAAGACUAUCGGAGUGGUGCUGUUGA